UGGGGACUGCCUGCCUCCAUGAGUACCAGGCUGCAGAGUCUGGACCAUCUCCUCCUCACUUCCAUCCUGAUUACAGUCUGUGGGUCUGAUCCCACACCUGAAGGCCCCAGGAUGCUAUUGCCACAAGCUGUGCUACUACUGUUAGUCCUCCCUAGUCACGGUCAGGAUCCCACCAUGAAGGAGCCUGGAGAUCUGCCUGCCCCACCCAGCGGAGUCUGCAGUGGUUGGAUGGCGGGCAUCCCAGGGCAUCCGGGACACAAUGGGAUCCCAGGCCGUGAUGGCAGAGAUGGCAUCCCUGGCGAGAAGGGUGAGAAAGGAGAUGGAGGUCUUGUUGGUCCUAAGGGUGACCCUGGCCAAACCGGAGUUCCUGGGUUGGAAGGUCCCCGAGGCUUUCCAGGAGUCCAAGGCAGGAACGGAGAACCUGGAGAAAGUGCCUAUGUCUACCGCUCAGCAUUCAGUGUAGGAUUGGAGACUCGAGUCACUGUCCCCAAUGUUCCCAUUCGCUUUACCAAAAUCUUCUACAAUCAACAAAACCACUAUGAUGGCACCACUGGCAAAUUCCACUGCAACAUCCCUGGGCUCUACUACUUCUCCUACCACAUUACAGUCUACCUGAAGGAUGUGAAGGUCAGCCUCUACAAGAAUGACAAAGCUGUGCUCUUCACCUUUGACCAAUACCAGGACAAGGACUUGGACCAAGCCUCCAGCUCUGUGCUCCUGCAUCUGGAGACGGGUGACCAAGUCUGGCUGCAGGUGUAUGGGGCUGGGGAGCAUAACGGGCUCUAUGCAGAUAAUGUCAAUGACUCCACCUUCACAGGCUUUCUUCUCUACCAUGACACCAACUGAUGACCACUCACACAGAGACUCCCCUGGGCCAAACAACCCAGAAGUCAAAGAACAGUCCACAGGUUUUCAGUUUGGUUAGGAGGCUGAUGUUAUUAUUUAGUCAGAGAGUUCUGAACAUUAUUCAUGUAUUUACUCAUUCAUUCACCAAGUACUUUAAAAAAUCAUAUAGUAUAGUCUCAGUCCUAAAGAAGAUGUGUUCCCUUUCCUCAAGGAUCUAGUACAUAGUGGCAGUAAAAGGAUAAUAGCAUUUACUGGAGAGCUUCACAAACAUGACAAGAUAACUGACUAUAAGAAAGUAUUUGACAGUGUCACUCUGUGUCCACUGUUUCUCCUCAUGUUCAUGCCAAUCCUGCGAGGUACACAGAAAAGCUUACUCUCCUCUUUUUACACUGGGGUCCUGGGGCUUAGAGAGUUAAGUGAUUGCCAGUGGUCACUAUGAAGGGGUGGAGCUAGAAGUCACACUCAGGGCUGUGGAACUUUUCUAUUACACUGUGUCCUUUUUUUAGAAGUACUUGGCCUCUUUAGGAUGUUAUUUGGGGGUGGCGUCUCUCAUCCAUCUCACCUGAGGGCCUCUGAAUUGUACUUCAUCAUGAGUUAAAUCUUUUCCCAGUAGAGCUCCCUGAGAGAGCAGGCGGUUCUAUGACCAGGUCCCAUUUCAGCUGGAUCACUCAAUAAGCCCUGCACUUCUCUUUCCUCAUGCUCUUCUCUCUAAUCCAGAAAGCUACCACCAAUUUCCACGUGUUGAAAUCCUCCAGGUUCCUCAGAGCUACCUGGUCAGGAAGCUUCUCUGAAAGUUCUGCAACCCUUCCUUGCAUAUGGCACCCCUGUGCUUCUCCAGGUGUUAUUCUGAAUGAGAGCCCUGGGCAGGGGCAUCAUCUUCCCCAAGGCCAAAGACAACUUCCAGCAGGACCAUGUUUCCUCCACAUCCGAAUCACCCUCCAGGUUCUUGGUAAAUGCCUCAUGAAGACCAGUCUCCUGAAUCUCACAUCUACCCAGAAUUAACUCCAUUUGAGUCUCUUCAUGUUGUAUAACUAAUCUGUACCUUCAAAAACACUGUUAUUUUAGAAACUCCCUGAGUUAAGCACUUAAUCCUUGUUCUACUGUACAGUUUGAAUAAUUUUCAUUGAGGUUAGGAAUGAUUGUGCUUUUUAGAACAUUUGAAUAAUUUUUCCUCAAGGAGCUAGCUUGAGCCUGCAGUGCAAAGUCCACAAAGGAAUUUGAAAACCGUUCUUACCUUGAGUAGCAGCAGAGUCUGGGGAGAACUGGGCUUUCUGAAUCUACUCUUGUUGUUUAAGAAUUAUCAAAAAAGGAAAGAAAAUAAUAACUACUUGAUGUGAAUGAUAA